GGGCGAGCGGCGGCCGGUGCCGCGCCGCGAGGAGCGGGCAUGGCGGACGGGACGCGCUCGCUGCGCGGCGGCAGCCCGGCCUCUAGCCCGCUGCUGGGCGGGCGGGGCCGCGCCGCGGCGGGGAGCAGCUCGCCGGGCCACGGCUUCCGCAGGGUGACCCUCACCAAGCCCACCUUCUGCCACUACUGCACCGACUUCAUCUGGGGGCUGGCCGGCUACCAGUGCGAGGUUUGCAACUUCAUGUCUCAUGAAAAGUGCCUCAAGAAUGUCAAGAUACCAUGCUCAUGUAUUGCUCCCAGCCUUGUAAGGGUUCCAGUUGCACACUGUUUUGGACCUCCAGGACAUUACAAAAGAAAGUUUUGCACUGUGUGCAGAAAGUCACUAGAGUCACCUGCCUUUCGAUGUGAAGUUUGUGAGCUACACGUGCACACAGACUGUAUCCUGUUUGCUUGCAGUGACUGCCGGCAGUGUCACCAGGAUGGGCACCAGGACCACGAUACUUAUCACCACCACUGGAGGGAGGGAAACCUUUCUUCAAGUGCUCGUUGCGAAGUUUGCAAAAAAACCUGUAGUUCUUCUGAGGUCCUGUCUGGCAUGAGAUGUGAAUGGUGUGGCAUCCUGGCUCAUUCCGCUUGCUACAUAAUUGUCACACCAGAAUGUACUUUUGGAAGAUUAAGGAAUAUGAUUCUUCCUCCAACCUGUGUGCAAUUAUUUUCUCGCAACUUCAGCAAACUGCAUUGUUUUCGAAUAUCAGAAAAUUUGCAAACAGAAUCAGAUGAAGAUGAUGAUGUUGAUGGGUCAACACAGGGAUCAGCAAAAGAUGUCCAAAUUUCAACAGAUUCAAGUAAACAAACAUUAAAGAUAUUUGAUGGGAAUGAUGCAGUGAAACGCAAUCAAUUUCGACUGAUUUCAGUUCCAAGGAUUGCAAAAAAUGAAGAAGUUGUGGAGGCUGCUUUGAGGACAUAUUACAUAAAUGAUGACCAGCAGGAGUAUGAGCUUCAGACCUUUACGCAGCAGACACUUCUGUCUGAUGAUGUUAUCAACAGGAACAGUGCUGCAGAGGACAGCAACUUGGGCUCGGUAUUCCGGGAAUCCAUUCCUGAAGCUUGGAUCAUCAGAGCCAAACCAAAGGAUGAGGAAGUGAUCAGAAUUUAUCCUGCCUGGCUGAAGGUGGGAAUGGCAUAUGUUUCUCUACGAGUAAAUAAGGAUAGUACUACACAGACUGUGAUCAAAGAAGUGCUUCCGUUACUUGGAAGGCAGACGGAGUGCCUCCAGAAUUUCAAAUUGGUGGAAGUGCUUAUGGGCAGUAAGCAAGUUCAGCGCAUGGUCUUGGACAAUCAGGAACUGAUUCUUAACAGACUCAAGGACAUAAGAAAGACUUCAAUACGUCAGAUGAAUCAAACAAGAUUUUACAUUGUGGAAAAUAGUAAAUCCAUUGUACGAGUAAAUUUAUUUGUUGGUGGCCUUCCACCUCAGCUUUCCCCUGAAGAAUACACAAAUAUUCUCAAGGAAGAAUUAGCUAUUAAAUCAAACGUAGUAUCUGUGAGUCAUGUUUAUCAAGCACAAGGUGCUGUUGUACUCGAAAUUUCAUGCUUUUCUGAAGCUGAAAGAAUAUAUAUGCUAGUUAAAGAUACAACUGUCAAUGACAAGCCUCUGAAUGCUGUGGUGAUUCCUGAAGUUAUGGCUUCCAAGAUACCGCAAAACUGCUGCCCACUUCUUGUAUUUGUGAAUCCAAAAAGUGGUGGUCUAAAAGGUCGGGAUCUGCUGUACAGUUUUAGAAAGCUGCUAAACCCCCAUCAGGUCUUUGAACUUACCAAUGGUGGCCCACUGCCUGGGUUUCACACAUUCUCUAAAAUCCCCUCCUUCCGAGUGCUGGUGUGCGGAGGGGACGGCACCGUCGGCUGGGUCCUUGGUGCACUGGAGGAGAUCAGGCACAAGCUGGUGUGCUCAGAGCCCUCAGUUGCCAUCUUACCUUUAGGAACAGGUAAUGACUUAGGGAGGGUCUUGCGUUGGGGAGCUGGCUACAGUGGGGAGGACCCCUACUCGAUUUUGGUUUCUGUGGAUGAGGCAGAUGACGUUCUUAUGGAUCGCUGGACUAUCCUUUUGGAUGCAGAAGAGCCAGCUGAAGGUGCAGAGAAUGGCAUUGCAGAACCUGAGCCUCCAAAGAUUGUACAGAUGAACAAUUACUGUGGUCUUGGCAUUGACGCAGAGUUGAGCUUGGACUUUCAUCAUGCUAGAGAAGAAGAACCAGGGAAAUUUAAUAGCAGGUUUCACAACAAAGGCGUGUAUGUGAAAGUUGGGCUGCAGAAGAUAAGUCAUACCAGAAAUCUUCACAAAGACAUAAAGCUUCAAGUGGACCAGCACGAGGUGGAGUUACCAAGUAUAGAAGGACUCAUUUUUAUUAAUAUACCCAGCUGGGGGUCUGGAGCCGAUCUCUGGGGGUCUGAGAGUGAUAACCGCUUUGAGAAACCACGCAUCGAUGACGGCCUGCUGGAAGUUGUUGGUGUGACUGGCGUCGUUCACAUGGGUCAAGUCCAAGGUGGUUUUCGAUCAGGAAUCCGCAUAGCUCAAGGCUCAUAUUUUCGUGUAACACUCCUAAAGCCCAUUCCAGUUCAAGUUGAUGGAGAGCCCUGGAUUCAGGCCCCUGGCCAGAUUAUUAUUUCUGCUGCAGGACCAAAGGUCCAUAUGUUGAAAAAAUCCAAGCAGAAACAGAAAAAAACUGGAAGCCUGAGAGAGAUGAGAGCAGAUAGCAUGGCAGUCUCUGAAGGAGGACGCUAAGUGGAGACCUGUGCUCAGAAGUGAUGGAGCACAUCUACUGUAAAUACCAAGAUGGUUCAGUAAAACCAGGUGCAGACAACCAGUGAAGAGGGUUGCUUAUGAGCGUGCCUUUCAUUACAUUUUGCUAGUACUGGGUUCUACUUUGUCUUUCAAGGAUAGUGCCUCAUUGCUACAAAUAACUAUUAUGUACCACUUGUCUCAUCUGAAAUGUUUACCUUUGGUUGCUUUUUCAUAAGCCAUUUCCCAGUUUUUCAUGUAUAUAGAAACUGAGGCCAAACAAGAUGCUGAGAUUUCUGCGUCUACCUUGACAAAGAUUCUUCCCCUCCUCCCAGCUUUUUCUUAAACAAAAUCAUUCCAUAGAUAAAUUUUGGUGCAUUGUUCAAUAAAUGAAAAUGUGUUCCUUUAAGUUAAUGCUCACCAUAGCCUCCUAACCAAAAAAAGGCAAAGAUAUGAGCUGCUGUGAACUCCUUGGAACAGUCCAAAUAGCACAGCUGAAACGGUACUACUGUAAAGACAAAAAUACAAAACACAGGAGCAAUUAUUUCUAUAAAAGGAGCCCCUUGCACUGGGAAGAGAGAAGUACUAGAACAGCUGAGUCAAAAUAUUUUAGAGGAUUAACUUCAACAGUAUUUGGACAGUAUGAAUGAAGGGGAAACAGUUUGUAGAGCAAGUUUUCAACUGCAGCUUAGUUUCUCCUAUAUUAUCCAGCCAAAGCCUGUUUUAAAUGGCAUUUGAAUUUCAGCAGCUACCACUGUAAUGUAAAAAAGGAACAAGAAUACCCAAGGCAGUAUUACAUUCUACUGAUUUUUUUUUCUAUCAUUGAAACUAUUAUCUUUGGCAGCAGACUUUUCUUCUUGUCUUUACUUGUGCUGUUUCAUUUUCAUUAAUUUGUCACAGUUGGACUGUUACUUAACAGCAAGCUCAAAGACUGAAAGAAUCAUCACUAAUUAGCAUAAAAGAAGUACCACUUAGUGUUCACUUAAGUAAAUUGGCAUAGUCAUAUGUUAGAGCUGAACUGAAGUACAGCGUAGCUUUGCUGAGGAGCCUUAGGAGGUAUUGAAGCCUGUAGUGUGCAUGUAACAUGCUGUAGGCUUCAGAUAACUGGGAAUGCAAUAGCCGUCAUGAAAACUCUCCUACCUGGUCAGCCUUCUCAAGUCCUUGCUGGGUGUUGUUAUCAGGUGUGGUCCAGGGACAGGUGACUUCAGUAUAACUUUGAAAUAUGCAAAAGCCGUUUUGUGUUGGAGCCAGUUACAUGCUGAGACAGUUCUUGCUGUGUCUCCUUGAUCAGUCUGUACUCUAAGCACCGUGCCAGCUUCAGCAACUUCUGAUCAUUACCUGUGCUUUCUACUUUCCAGUCAUGGUGCAGAUGAGGCUGUGAAUGUGGGUGCUGCAAGACAGCCAUCUAUAGCAACAGUGUGAUACAGCUAAAGCUAUAAACAGACAUAAAACAGCCAUGCAAAAAUGGCAGCUGCCUGCAGCCUCUCCUUCCUGUCCAGUGAUUCAUUCUGUUCUUAGUGUUCUGGUAGAGAUGCAUUCGGAGGACUGACUCCUCUCUUCAGUGAAACCUGUUAUUAAUUGUUUAAGUUGUUAAUUUAAUUUUCAGGAUGUUCUUCAGGUACUACUGUGUGGACUUCAACUUACCUUUUUAUUCAAGAUGCAAACUGGACUUACGCUAUGAAGGAGAUAGUGUGGAUAGUACAGAGCUAAAAUCCUUGUCUCCUGAUCAUUACACACAGGGUUGUCUCUGCUUCAGAACCUGGGCAUGAAGGAUCAGCUGGAGCUCUUCUGGCAUCCUGGUACCAGCAUUACACAUAGGAGGGGUAAAGUGGUGUAUUUCAGGGUAUGCCCUCUCAGGAUGAAGCUCACAAAUUAGAGAGGAAAUCUGAAAUAGAUUGCUGCUUAUAAUUGUCCAGAAAGUCAGAGAAACUGCUUUGUGUCCUCAGGGCAGCAGAAAGAAUGCACAAUCUUCUUUCUGAUUGCUGACUCAGUGACAGAGAGGAAAACUUGGCUUUUUGUUACAGAAAACAUGCGUAAAUUUUAAGCUUGCUGGUACUGACCAUCUUCUGCAGCCCAAGUAAAUAAACCUGUCUUACUGUUUUUCCAGACAUACGUAAUCCUGCAGCAUGCAGCUGACAAUGUUUCAUGUUCUUGGCUCGUGAAGGGCCUGACUGUCUCUCCCUUUUGCUCAGUAUCUGUUAUCUGAAAUAACAUGAAACUCUCAGGCCACAGUAUUUUAAUCGGAGGGCCCCUUAUUGUGGCAUAUCCUUCCAUGGGGAUUUUCCAGCCUGGGAACACGGUAUGAGCCUGUCUCAGGGUAGCGUUGUUGUAGCAAGGCAACACAGAAGUACGAAUGCGUUCUAAUUGCAACUGCCAGAGGGGAUCCUGGUGGAGGACAGGAAGGCUUUGAGUUGGCAUUUAAGGUCUCUGUGCAUCAUAAAAUGAUGCUUAGUGUGUUUUGAAGACAAAACAGAUUCCUGGGCAGUUGAGACAGCAAAGGUCCUGUAAAUAUUAAAAGGAGAAACUCACUGUUUAAUACCUCUAUUAAGAUGUUGCAGUUUCAGGUACUGUAAAGGCCAGUAUAUCAAGAAUAUAUGUAUUCUUUUUUUUUUUUUUUAACAUAUUUGUCAAACAUAGUAUCUGAGAAGGCCUAGUAUUUUCUUCUAUAGUAUGCAAGACUUCCUUGAAGAGAGGAGAGAACUCUUCACAGUUAAUACAAAACAUUUUGACUUGGCUUUUAAGUUGAACAAAACAAUGCAGUAUAGUUUACAUUAUAGUGGGCAGACAAAUGAUGCUCCGCACAGAGUCUUCUGAGUAACAUUCUGUGAGAACCUCAUAGUCACAUGGCCAAGUGCUUUUGUUACUGCAUUAUUUAAAGUGUUGGGAAAGGGGCUUGGUUCUGUCAAGACAGGUGUUAAUCAGCAUCAGGAGCACAGGACCAGGAACCAUAAUCUGUAGACAGAGAGGAGAUGCAGGCUCAUUGCUAUGCUGAGCACACUCCUUCAUGCUUUCUCCGAUGUCCUGCCUUUUUACCUUGCCUAUAAACCAUGGCAGGCACAGGUAGCACAGCUAGCAUCUCUCAUGCUGAGAUAGGUGCUCCUGACCUUUUACUGGUGUCCUACUAGAUUUUGCCAGCAUGGGGGAGAGAAGGGUCCUGAAAAUCAUGGUGCAUUUGAAAUACCCCACUAUUGCAGACGAGAGAAGGUGGUCAAUUGGUUAAAAUCUGUUUUGAUGGGUAAACACAUUAUCUCUGUCUUGAAUUAGGAAAACUGAAAUUCAACAGCUCAUCCCUGGGAUACCGGUGCUACUUGAGAAAAUUUGCUGCUUUUUCCCCAUGGCUCUUACAUUUAAUUUGUAUAGCUUAAAUUGCUGAUGUUUUCACUGCAUUGAUUUUUAAAUGAAACAGUGUUAUUUUGCCAAAAACUUUUUAUUUAUAUAUGUGUAUAUAUGUGUGUGUGUACAUAUAUGUGUAUACAUACAUAUGCACACACUCUUUAAAAAUAGGCCUUAUUUUAUUUCCUUUCACAGUGCCUACUUGUACAACUUUUGCUGUCUUACAACAUUCUGAUAGAACCCACUUCUGGAUCUUUCUUUCACCAGUUUUGGACAGGAGGCAGAGCCUUCUUUCUUACUGGUCCCACGGAGGUUCCCAGCACAUAUUUCUAAUGGAUGUGUGCUUCCCAACAAGACAUGAUGGCAAUAUAGAGAAAGCACAACUCCAUUUAGAGUACAGUCUCUGCAUGUAUACAGUUAGAGCUCCUUUGCUCCUUCUAGAUUUUAAUCAAGUCUGCGUGUGUCUAAAAUCAACGGCAACGGCAAUUGUAGCAUUUUAGAAACUAGAAGAAACUGUAGCAUAGUCCACUGCAAGACUUAAAUAAGGAACAAAACUAAAUGAACUGUUAUAGACAAUUGUUCAUUAAUCUUCACAGUUACCCUCUUACCAGUGUUGUACAGAUUGCAUUUCUUUAAAGAGCAAAUAAUGUACUUGUUUUGAAUAUCAGCUGUUUGAAAUCGCUGAGCACUUACAUGGUGCACAUUACUCUGCAGCAGUCUGUUGGCAUAUAAAUGUGACAUUAUCAAAUGAAGCCUCAUUUUGUGAGCAGAGAAGGUAACAGUAGCUGUUGUGACACUUGAAAAGGACUAGUGUUGAAGAUACAACAGAUUCAGCUGCAUAGGUAUUUUAUAACGCACUGACCAUGUGAGCCAGUGUGGCCUGUGUUGCAUAGCCACUGCUCCAUACUCCAGCACUGAAACAGGGGGUGCGUUGGAGUUGUGCACUUGAGAGACCUGGCAGUAGAUAUUCCUUUGGUCUGCACCUCAUACCUCUUCCUUACAACCUUCAUAGUAACCAUCCGUUUUCCUCUUCUGCUAGGCUGCCUUCCUGCCCUUUGGGCCCAGCCUGUAUACUGAAACUUGUAACAAAGGCAUGAGUAUGUAGUGGUGAAUGUGUGUGGAGAGCGGGGUGAUGGAGAUCCUGCUCUAAAACACAGCUCUGGCUGUUGGACUUAGACCAUUCAUGAAUUUCUACUACAGCUUCUGUUUCAGCCACUUAGCAGCUGUGCGGCAAAGACUCAGCAACUACUGAACUACCUUGGAUUCAUGGUGACAGCAUUGCCUCAUUUUCAGGCUUUGAUCUUACAUGCACCAGUGCAUGUAUCACUUCAUAUACUUUUUGCACUUAACAGAAAAUGCAGGUUAGAUAGGCUUAGGGUGUGGCAAAAUUGCAAUGUUUGUACUUUUUUUGUAACUAUGGGGAUGAUUCUACAGAUACAAAGAUGCACUUUCAGGUAACGAUGAAAACAAGUUUAUAGAAUGCAACUGUUCGGGAGUUUCUCCGUCUGCAGCAUUCCUUGAUCCCCAUCCAUCUCUAAUACUGUGUUCUCCUUGAAAGCGUGCUUGGAAAUGAGAGAUGGUGUCUUCCUCCCAUCACAGUGUGUAUUUAUAGAUGACUGACUGAAAGUUCAUAUAUAUUUUUAAACAACUACAAAUUGGCUGCUAUUCUAAGAUUUAGGUUUAUUAGACUGAUUUUAUAAUGCAUAAAAGUAAUGUUAAAGUUUUAUUUAUAAUGUCAACAUUUACUGAUUUGACACUUGGCUUGUAGGAGAGAUCCAGCUCAAAGCCUUCAUUCCUUUUGCUGUUUAAUAUGUAUUUUUUUUUUUCUUUUUUUUUAACAGUGUAGCCAUUGUAUGUGUGGAAUGCAGUGAAAUGAAUGCAAAUUACUAAUCUUAACCUGCAGUUAGACCAGCAGGUUCAAUGUUUACAGGACAGUGACUAUUGAUUGUAAACCCAUACAUGGUGGUUGAAACAGUGCACUCCUUCCAUGUUUUAGAAGCAUUGUUUCUGCUUCCCAUCACAAUUAAGGAAAUAGUUGCCCUCUGAUUUAGAUUCCUAGUUACAUCCCUUUGGAGAGAUUCACAUGCAGAUUAUGACUUUUCUGCCAUGAACUCAUAAGACAGAAUUUCUACUGAUACAAGUCUUGUAUUGAACAUGUUUUCUGAAAGAUUGACUUUAUUUUUUGUGAAGAUAAUUUAUGAGAAUGUUUUAUAAGCAGAUCAGUGUUGUUGAAAAAGUUGGUCUGAAGUCUUGAAAUAAAUUUGUGUAGAUAUUAAAGGUGUGUCCCAAAGCAAAGUAUUUUUGAACAGGGCACUGUUACUAGUGUAGUUAUCCCUCUGAGCUCUCCUAGCAACACACCCAUUUCACACAUCACUGUGCACAGCUCAAGUGUGUUAUUUAGGAGACGACUUGAUUUCAGAAGAUGUGUCUAGCUUUAUGUUGUGUGUACCCCGUAUUACACCUCUGGCAGUGAGUCCUAAUAUAAAAAUCAGCUGCAGAAGGCAGAACUUUUCCCCUGUACAAAUCACUGCAGGUUAAAGAGCAGAGAGCCCGCCCUUGUGCUUGACUGCAGGAAUGUUAAGAGUCUGGUGACUGUUUGACACUUAGAGUCCUCUCUCACUGUCCACAGGGUGUGCCACACAUUAGUACUUUUGCUUUCUGAAGGAAGGCAGGCAAAAAUUGACAUCUGCCUGUGUCAAACAGUUAACAGCUUGCCUUGCCAUGGCAUCCCUUUUUUUGUGCUGCUGAUCUUGCCAAAUUGGGUAGCAAGAGGUGCUUGAAGAAUUACUGAGUAUUUAUUGUGUAAUUUUAGGUGCUUAUAAAGCCUUCACUGCUAUUUAAAAGCAAAAUUCUGGGGAUCUGUAGCAUAGCAAUAGCUGUAUAACUCCAGCUUUCUGAACAUGCCAAAAGCAAGUUACCCUUGGGAUAGUUUAAUUAGCAAUGGUGUAGAUAGUAGCAAUCAAUAACCUUGAAGCCACAAGUUCUGAUUAUUGGAAGGGAGCAUUUCUGCUUUGAGUCCUAUAGAUUCCAGUGUCCUUCCUGCUUACAAAACUUAACCAUGACGUCUUAACUCUUCUCAAACUAUGGUUUAACUAUUGCUUAAAUAACUGUGUUUUUCACCUCUGGUUAUUUAAGUCAUCCAACUUCAAGCAGUUUUACAAAUGCUAUUUUAAUAUCAAGAUACUCUAAGAUGUCUCAUAGCAUUUCUUGUGAAUGUUCUAAUACAUUAGUAAUAAAUCAUCUUGGCCCAACAAGCUAAGAUAAGCUGACCAUUGAACAGUUUAGUUAUUGUCUAGUGCUUAUUCUUUGUGCAUCUGCCUAAUAAUUCUCAGAAAAAGAAAGCCUAAAUAUAAGCAUUGAAGUGGUUGAAAACUGUUUCCACAUUGUGUGCCUCAAACCAGUAAUGCAUUAUCACACAUUUACUUGUGGAUUGGUCUCAGAAACAGGCUUUUAAUGAUGUAACUUGUUUCUCAGCGUCUGCCUAGCAAAUCACUAUGCUGUGGUAACUUGUCUACAAAUAACAUACCUAGUGUACUAAUUGGUUUUAAAAAUAGUAAUUUAUAAAAGAUGGACUUUUCUCUUAUAUUUAAACAUCUGUUUGUCCUUGGGUUAUGUUCUUAGAACAAUUCUGUAUAUAUUUUGCAAUAUGGGGUUUGUGUUUAAUUUGAUUGUACAUUUUGCACUGAUUUGAAAUUCUGUAUUCUAAGUAUUAUUUACAAGUUCCAGAGAUCUGUAACUAGAAUUUGUCUGUGAAAAAUACAACAUUUCUCCUACCCUG